AAGACAAAUAAAAAUUUAUUAAAUUCAAUAUUUCAAUUAUGAAUAUUAUAUUGAUGAUAUAAAUUAUGUAUACAUUAUGAAGUUUAAUAUAAAAUUUAUAUAUAAGUAUAAUGAUAUUUUUAAUUAAUCGGUUUCUUUAGUUUAUUCGGUUUUUAGUUUAUAUUUAACCAUAUCUAUAUAUUGCGGUUUCUUAAAACUAACAUUCACGAUUUAUUUAGUAUUAUCAUAUCCAAAACACUUGUUCUAUUUUGGUUCAAUAUAAUUUUUAAUUAGUUUGAUUUUAUCGGAUUGAAUACCAUUACUAUAUAUAUAUAUAGCAAGACUUGGGCCGGAUCCAAAUCAGUGGUUUGCUUUAUUGGUUCAAGAGCCCGUAUAACCGAAAUUUCAGUUUCAUUCUUUGGAGUGACAACUAAGUUUCUUAAUUUAAGUAAGGUUAGCCUUCGUGUUCAAAAAAAAAAAAAAGUAAGGUUAGCCAAAAAUAAAGAAUAAGAUCACUGAAAAAAAUUAAAUUACCGCUUUACAGGAAUUAAACAAAGAGGGACAUCGUAUCAUUUCCCAAAUUGUUCAAAAAUUAGUUGAUUAAUCUAUGUUUUUUCACUUUAAAAGUGUUUCAGUUUAUUACUUCUGCUCUUCACUGUUUUAAACUAGUGAAGGGAAUAUUGUAAUAUAUUCUCUACUAAUCGUGAGAAAAGCACAUGGAGAGUUAUUUAACGUGCGAAGAUAACAUUAUUAUAAUAACUAGAUCCUCUGUCCGUGCUACGCGCGGAUUAUAAAUUUUAAAUAUAUUAUUCAUAAUUAUUAUUAAUAUGUGAAUAUUUUUACUUUGUAUUUAAUUUAAUUUUAAUGUUUAAUAGUAUCUUUAGCAGUUUUCUAUUAUUUUUUUUACGUUUUUGUUUUCUAUAGAUUAAGAAAUUUUAAAAAAUUUGGUAUAUGCACCACUUAGCUUUGGUCUUAUGAUAUGUCUACAUUUUAUGAACACACUGAAGAUGGUAUUGAAAUCAGCUUAUCUUUUAUGUCAUGGAGGAGCGAAUACAAAAAGAAAUUUGAUAUGGAACAUAUAGCCAUUUUCAUGUAACUAAUAUUUGAUUUAAGUGUAUUUAUAUAUAAAUUUAGCGCUAACUAUAAUGGAAACAAAAAGAAGCCACACCCCCUUUUGCAGGUGAAUACUAAUUUUUAUUCACUAUUUUCGAUUGGUUUUAAAAUAUGUAGUAGAUGGUAAAUUAAAUUGGAUUUUGUGUGUGUCUUUGUUGUAAUAUUGGUUUGCAAUGUAUUAUUACUUGUAAUCAUUUUACUCUCAUGUGUCAGAUAUUUGUGUAUCCUUUUCGUUUUAAAUGUUUAUUUUUUGGUGAAUAAAGAACAUACACUUAUUUAUAAAGAGGAGAUAUAUAUUUUAACAAAGAGUAUUAUUUUUAUUUGAAUAAUAUAUGUUUCUGGUUGCAAGAAUACUAUAACAUAUUUAUGUAUAUGAGAAAAUGCAUUUUUGAAAUCAAUAAAUGUAACAUUUUAUUUUCUUCUAAAGUUAAUGUCCAUGUACAGUUAUGUAUUGUAUUUAAAUAUGAUAUUUAUAUUUCUGAAGUUCAUAUUCUUCUAAACCACUGGAUAAAACUUAUUGUUUGUAGAAUUUUGCUCUUACUAUAAAAGUGUAGUAGUUUUUUGAUUUCUCAUUUUUAAAUGUGUUGUAAUUGAUAGUUUUUUUAAAUGUAAUGUAAUUGAUAGUAGGAUUUCAUUUUUUUUUAUAUUGUUGGAUUAACGCUUCUAACCAGCCAGUUAAUUGUUUCUUAGCAUAUUGAUUUCUCAUGUAUCACAUAAGAAUAUUUGUCAAGCUCUCUUUUUCGACUGCUUGUUUUAUGUGUUUUAUAGUUCAGCUUUUUGUGGAUACAUGUCGUUGUUUAAUGUUUCACUUGUAUAUUAACGUUACUUUGUUGUUAUAGUAUGUAAUUAUUUUGUGGAAAUGAUUGAUACAACAAUGAUAAUAUGUGAUUAUAUGAUUUUUGUGUUAAUUGUUGGUGUUAACUUUUGGAGUAUAUUUAUUGUAGUUUUAUUAUUUUGUUGCUGUCAUUAAUUGUCGCUUAAAUUCUUUAUUUGAACCAAUUUUAAAUGUUUCUGUUUUUAACUUUUGGUUCAUCUUAGUUUCAAAAAAAAAAACUUUUGGUUCAUCUUAUUUAUUUCUUUUUGUGUUUUGGCCAUAAUAUUUAUUUUGUAUGUAUGGUUCCACUUUUUAUUUUUUCAAUUCAUUUGUUAUCUUUUUCUUUUCUUAAUUUACGUAAAACUAUAAGCUAUUAACUAGUUUUCUGCGAUUCUUUGUAAACACAACGUGGUCCAGUGGCAAAAGACGGUUUUAUGAUGGAGGAUGUCACGGGUUCAAAACGCAGAUCCUUCCUUUUUGUUUUAGAAACUUUUUUUUCAUUAAUGGCAAACUUGUAAUUAAAUCGUCUUCUUCCUUUUAGGGCUUUCACUUCUACUGCGAAAUUUUCAUGGCCGCCUCGAACUUUGUUAACAUAAGACAUCGUUUUCUUGCAAUUUUCUUAUCAAUUUUUGCGUAAAAACUGUAGAUUUGCGACGUAACAUCAAAUUCCAAGCGUUUAAAAUUCAAAAGCCUGGACUUUUUUGAUGAAUCUGAUUUUUUGUCCGAUUUUGAUGAAAUUGUGGCGGUUCUGUACCGCCGAGCGUUGCAAGGCCGUGUACUCGGCCGAGUUGCCGCGUUUUCGAACAUAGCCUGCGGUUGAUGAACUAUACUAUUCGUCGGUUGAGUGUUCCCGAGUCGAUGUGAAUUUUGAACUGGAAAAUUGUAUUUAGAACUGAAGCAGAGAUGAUGAAAUCGACUCAAACAGACAAAUCAAUCUAUUAUUAGUGACUUUGUAAAUUGAAUCAAUAUAUAAUUAUGAGUGAUAGAGGAAGGUUUGGGAGAUAAGAAGAUAGUCUUCUCAAGAAACGUUUUUGCAAGAGGAAAAAAAAAUGAGAAGAUCAAUCGAAAUAGGCUCGAAGCUUUUUGAGAAGCUUGAUGGUGAUGUGACCAAACAAUGCUAUCUGAUUGGUUGAAUUUAAUAAAUGACGUGAACAGCUUUAGAGUGAAGUAUAUCGGGCUUUUAGUAUAGUAUAGAUAAUAACUGUAAUAAUUCUCUAGUAAUUAAUUUACUAAUACCAUAUACGAUUUUUUAAUAUAUAAAUAAUUGAAUUUUAUCCACAUGUUCGACGAGGAAAAUAACAUAUAUUGGUAUCCACAGUAUGCCAUACAGCUAUAGAAUUAUUAAACCGACGUGAUUACCACUUUUAUUUCUUGAUAUUAUUCUCUAGUGAUGUACUUAUAAUGCAUAUGUGAUAAUUAUAUAUAGAGUUGCCAGGAAAUGUGUUAUUUGCCACAUCUGUUUGUUAAUGUUUAUUCUCUCAUGUUAUAAAGCUGAUAAUGUCAUAAUGAUAUAGUUAACAGAUUUUUGAUAUAAUUAGCAGUUGUUCUAAAGGGGGCAUAAGUUGAUAAAUACUUCGUACUUAUAUAUUGUUUUGAAUAUAACGAGGCUCGGUCCGCAAAAAUUGUUUCGGCGCCUAUCAAAUUUCAAACCUAGUAACUACCAGUCAAUAGAGGUGAGACACAACCCUUGUAAUAAAUGUAUAUUUAUAUAUUGUGGCGCCCUUUAAUAUUUAAUCUAGUUUUGCACCUAAAGCAGUUGUUUCUCCUGUUUUAGACUAGGACCGGCACUGAAUAUAAUGCACACUUUUUUUUGGUAACAUUUAUAGCAUUACCGAAGUUAGCACUCCUUUAUAUUUGGUUUUGUGAAACACAUUUUAUGAGAAAUUAAUUCUUGGAAUUACAUAGGAAUAGUCUAAUGGUAAGCCAACAAUUAAAGCUAAGUGAUCUAGAUUUGAAUCAAUUUCACAACGCUAAACCUAUGUGGUCAUAUAAACAUUUGAUGUUAUAUUUUAGAUCUUAUUUAAAUACUCAAAAGGAAGGUCAGUCUAUAAGAUGCAUUUCUUGUUAAAAAGUAGUCUAUAUUUUUCUGUAAAUUUAAAAUACCCUCAAAUUAAUAAAAAUAUAAGAAUCACAUUUUCGGUAGUUACGAAAUUUCUUCCUGAUGGGGAUUUCUCCCAUUUAGCACCUAGCAGAUUUUAAUUUCUGAACUAUGGUUUUAAUUUAUUAAUUGAGUGGCCAAUAAGGAACAUAAACAAUUUAAAUAGUAUAUAUAUUUUUUUGUAAAUAUAACUAAUUAUUAUUUUUCUGAUUGUGAAUGAUCAUAUUCGUCUUUGUAUUAUGUAGUAUCUAUUUUCACCGGUUAAACUAUUUUAGUUUUUACUUCAGAAAUGAUAAAUUGAUUUUAGUCUGAGUAUUAAGGCUUAACUAGUAGAGGUGAUGACAAAAUAAAAUUAGUAUGCUAUAGAAAAAAUAUACUACAAAAUAAUAUAUGUUUAUAAACAUAAUUAAUAAAGUGAUUAGUAAAUCAGUAGACGACAUAUAUAAAAACUAUCAUAUAAAAUGAUUAUAUAAUAUAUAUUUCUUUAAUUAUAAAUAAUAAAUAUAUAAUUAAAAUAUAUAUAUAUAUAUAUUAUUUUUGUAUUUUAUUGAUAAUAGUGAAUCAUAUUUAAUUAUAUUUUAUAUGUUAAAAUAUUGUUAAAAUAAAAAUAUUAUAACUUUAAAUUUAUUUUAAAAUAGAAAUUUAAUUUUGGAUACAAGUAUAAUUUUGUGAUAUUAUUAAAUUUAAUAAAGUAAUAUUAAUUAUCUUUAAAAUUUUAUAUAAUUUUUUUUGUCAACAAAAUUUAUAUAAUUUAAAUGCAAAUGUUUAACCAAAAUAUUCAAAUGAAAGCACUAACAAUGAUUUGGAGAUCAUUUGCAUCUUUUAAAUACUUUUAAUAAUUAUUGAUUAAAUAUUUAUUAAUAUUCUUACAUAAAAGACAAAAUAUCUAUAAUUUAUUUUCUUAUUUAUUCUAAAUUCGCAUUAAAAAUAUUAUAAAACCAUAGAUGGAGUAAUUGUGAUUUUUGAUUGGUCGACAAUAAACACAAGAAUGUGUUGUUCAGAUUUUAACCGGACCUCAUCUUUCCCUAGAUGACUAAAUACAUAUUUACUUACCUAGCAUCAUGAUCUUUCCUGGUAUUGGUGGAUUGUAUAGUAUAUGGUAAUAUUAGCUAGAUUAUACGUCAAAUUUUAAAUGGUGAAUUUGAUUUUAGAUUCCGAUGCUGAUAUGCAAAAUUUUGUCAGGAUAUUGAAAAUCCAAGUUUUUAACUUGAAUAUAUUAAAUCAAAUUUUUUAUUGAUUGUAUAACUAUUUCAAUUUUUCAAUGUUACUUUAGAUUUUCUAGAAUUUCAUUUUUGCUAAGUUCAGUUAUUUAUAACUAUUUUACAUGGCAAGAAUUUGUCAUUCAUAAAAGACUUACAAUUAAUGAUUUCUUACCAACAAUAGCUAUAUUAAAUUAAUUAAAAUAUAAUUUUGAGCAUUUCCUACAAACUUUUUUUCUAUUGUGUUUGUUAUUUUUAUAUGUUUGGUCAAAAGAAAUUUAUCAAUGGUAAGUGAAAGCUGAUCAUUUCAACUGUACAUAUACUAUUUUUAUUAAAUGAAAAGAGUUUUUUUUUUUUUUUUGCGAAAUCCACCUCAAUAUUGUAUAAAUUUCUGCCGAGUGCUAAUGAUAACAUUUGUGUUGAAAAUUUGUUCUUAAAAUUCAGAAAUCAAUUUUCUAUUAAUCAAAAAGUUCGGAUAUGGCCAAAAAGGAGAAGAAUGAUACGCGUUACAAAAUAAGUAAAGGAUUAUACAAAAAGUGGCAACAAAUUUUCUACAAAGAGGAAACAAGAGAUUACGCCGUGAAAUAUGCUUUAACGUAUAUAAAAAAUCCACAUGCAAACCAACACCACCUCGUCGAAGGCCACGUCUCUUCAUCUGACGGCUGCAGUUACAUCAUCAUUGAAAAAGCAGUCAAAACUAUAUAAAAAGAAAACAAUCUUUUAAAAAAAUAGUCACACAAAUUCAUCCAUAAAUCACCAUUGUUAACCUUUUUUUCUCCUUCCUUUCAUCUUUCUAAAAAAUUCAUUUUUACAACCAAAAACUAAAGUUCAAGAAAACACAGAAUAAAGGAAUAAUCUUUUCGUGUGUGCGUGUAUAUAAAUAGAUAUACAUAUGCGUGGGUAUGAUUCUUGGGAUGAUCGACAUGCAACGAUGAAAUCAUCAUCCAUUUUCCGAGAAAGUUCAGACAAAACAGAGAGAUGGAUUGUAACAAACAUGGCAAGAUUAUCCCCAUUCCUCUUGUCUUCUCUUUGUAUAACUAUCUUCUUCACAGGCUUCUUCGUCUUCCAUCAGAAUCCUUUCAUCUCGGAUCAAAACUUUCUCACCCUGCACCCUCUAAUCGAUCCUAAAUGUGAUUUGUUCAAGGGACAUUGGGUUCCAGACAAAAGAGGAUCUCUGUACACAAACUCAAGCUGUUCUACGCUUCCUGACUCCAAGAACUGCAUAAAACAUGGGAGAUUAGACAGAGAUUUCUUGUUUUGGAGAUGGAAACCUGAUGGCUGCGACCUUCCUAGGUUUAAUCCCAAGGAGUUUCUUAGAAUGGUUCGAGGCAAGAAGAUGAGUUUUAUUGGUGAUUCUGUAGCAAGGAACCAUAUGGAAUCUCUUCUUUGCUUGUUGUCAAUGGAAGAAACUCCUAAGGAUAUCUACAAGGAUGGAGAAGACAGAAACAGGAUAUGGUACUUUCCUAACCAUGACUUCGCUCUCUCUACCUCUUGGACUAAGUUUCUUGUUGAGGAACGAGAGAGGGUAGACGGUAACAAGACCGGAACUGGAUUGUUUGAUAUAGAUAUUAGCAAGAUGGAUGAAGGAUGGUUCAAGGGUCUGCCAAAUACAGACAUUGCUAUUGUCUCGGCUGCUCACUGGUUCUUCAGACCAAUAUUCAUCCAUAGAGGAGAUGAAACCCUAGGUUGCAUCUACUGUAGCGUACCAAACAUGACACAGCUUAGUCCUGACCAAGGGUUUAAGCUUGUUUACUCAUCUGUCUUUAAACACAUCAAUGAAUGUGAUAACUGCAAGAGAGAUUUAGUUACAGUUAUGAGGACUAUCUCACCUGCCCAUUUCGAGAACGGGACUUGGGAUACAGGAGGAUCAUGCAGAAGGACAAGCCCUUUUGGUGUUAACCAGAUCGAUCUGCAGAGCAACGAGAUGAAGAUCAGGACAUCUCAGAUUGAACAGCUUGAAGUUAUAACGAAAGGCGACCACAAGGGGAAGAAGAAGUUUGGUGUUUUGGAUGUGACUAGGGUUAUGCUGAUGAGACCUGACGGCCAUCCGAAUAGUCACUGGGGAAACAAAUGGAUGAAAGGUUACAAUGAUUGCGUCCACUGGUGCUUGCCUGGGCCUAUUGAUGCGUGGAACGAUUUUUUAAUGGCGAUACUUAGACAGUUAAGAUGAUUAUUCAUGGAUAAACAAACAAACAAACAAAAAGUUAAAACAUUCUUUCACAUUUCUUAUGAAUAAGUACCUUCAGUCAUCUGAUUUUUUUUGCUUCUGCUUCUAGAUAUCUCUGUUGUUACAUAGAGUUUACACAAUACUCGAUACCAUUAUUCUAACGAUCGGCCUAGUCGGCAAAUCGGAUCUAAACAAUUUUUGUAAACAGGUUUUUUUUCUUAAAAUCGGUCUAGACGUUCGAAAAAUUGGUCUAGUGUUUAAACAAUAAUCUUCUAUAAGGCUUCCAAUGACCACCACCACCUAGCAAUUUAUUGAACAUUGCCUCAAUACAACACACAUCACUUUCAUUUACCUCAUAUAUACAUACUUGCCCCAGACCUUCUGCAUAGAGUAAUGAUUCACGCUGAUAAGCAGUUGAAUCCUGCAAGACAUGAACAGAGAAAAUGCUUCGAGCAAAUCGUAUUGGUGCAACAAACACAAAAGCAUAAUCUCUCAGAUUAAUAAAUAAUAACGAGCUUUAACUCCAAUCUGCAGAGAACAUUUCAAGCACAUGGGAGAAGCUCUGCAGAACA